AUGGAGGUCAAUAGCACCGGAAAUUCGAAGGAUAAUCAUGUGACAGCAGCAGCUCGAAUUCGCGAAAAUCAGCGGCGUUCUCGCACACGACGUAAGGAGUACGUCCAGCGCCUUGAGCAACGACUAUGGUCUUUCGAAAGGCUUGGUGUAACGGCAACACAAGAGGUUCAAAAAGCGGGAAGAAAAGUCGCACGAGAGAAUGAACUACUCCGAUCCCUGCUACAACUCCACGGUGUCACGGAAGAAUCAGUUGAAGAAUACUUGGAGUCGCGAGGACAACCAGCAAGCUCUACUCUAUCUCAGUGCAUGCCACUAGAGUCUCUAGCAUCAGCAAAGCUGCACCCGCCGACUGCCCCAAACCAACGUGCUAGCAGUUAUCUUAAUUCAUCGGCAACCUCGUCACAUUGGCAAUCGGACAACCCGCCACAUCAGCCUCGAGCUAUUGGGAGUAGAAAUCCACCACCAAAGUCAGAUGCGAAGAGCAACAUGGAUAUCCUUCCUUGUCAAGAAUUCAAUACAAACCGAGCAGCCAAGCUCAAUCCCGUCACAGCCGAAAGUAACUCUGAAACGCAUGAAGUUGCUAGUAUUCAAGAUACGGGUCAAUCCAUGUCAUGCGUGACUGCAGCAAGAAUUAUCGAAAGUAUCCAGAAUCAUUCGGAAUAUCGUAACGUUCGAUCCGAGCUUGGAUGCAGCUCCGAAUCUACGUGUAUGGUAAAGAAUAUGUCGAUUUUUGACAUUCUGGACAGAUAA